CCACAAUUCUUUUUUUAUUCCUCAUUUAAGAACAUACAUCUCUUACUUCGUCUCAUUUCUCCUCCCUUUGCGAGGCUUUUUAAAGUGUUCUUUCCAUUCUUCUCCUUUUUCGUCUAGCGUUACAAAAGUGACGCAGCCAUUUCUUUGAUCCAUUCGGGGACAAACACAUUCCAUGCCUUGCUGGCCAUGGGAUCCACCUCCUGCGCAGUCAGGAGUCAUCUCAACGCAACUCACUCCCGCCAGCACGCCUUGCAGCAAUGCCACAGAUUCUGCUGAAGCCGAUGUAGGCACUGGCUAUAAUGACCACAACCACAGCAUUACCUCAUACCAUGAUGCUACUGUGCUAGAACAGACUAUCCUUGGCAAGAGAAGUGGCGAUAGUAACAAUGCCAGUCACGCUCUUGAUAGCUAUACUAUCAAUCGCCAUACCUCAGGGGCAACCGCUUUUUCUUUAGGAGACAUGGACACCGUUUUAACAUUUUUGGACCUUGAAAAGGCAUCCAUUUCUACAGCAGCCACUGCACUAACACUAGAUUCAAACAGCUCGAUACCCUUUCCAACUACCAUGGCAACAGCCCCUCACAGUUCAAACAUGGAUGUGUUGACUAGUGUUAAUACUCUACUCCCAAGAGAUGCCAUCUCUGAACACUUGGUUGCCAGCAGCAAUGGCAGCGGUACUGAUUUCGGUGACUUCUCAAGGGUUCUACGAUAUUUGCAAGCACAUAGAUUGACACCAAUCCGUUUAAAUUCUAUCGGCAAACCGCAUAUUACAGGCAUUAGUCAUUGGAAUGAUGAUACAGUGCCGAGUAAGCUAGCAAACCAUCCAAUAUUAUCUAAUUUUGAAGAUAACCUGUCCUUGUUCAAUCCCACGAUUAUUAAGAACUCGAGUUCAGAUGAGGCUCAAAAUGCCCUUCUGAAUGAAGACAGUCAUAAUGAUUUGAUGGCGGACAAUAAGAGGUCUUGCCAACAAAUAUCUCAACAACAACAACAACAGCAACAACAACGGCAUAGCAAGAAGAAGCUAAUGGUGCGCAAAACCCUUCCUAUCGAUGAACCUUCGAGUUGUUCUGGUGGAGGCGGUGUUUCAUCAGAGUCAGAUCACAAGGAAACGAUGGCUGAUCGAAUAGAUCAGGAGGAUCCUUUUAGACAUGAAUUGAUUGCGUCUAUGCCCUUGGAGCUUGAAACCAAUACGAGCCAUGUACACGAACUUCAAAACACAACUACCACUACUACUACUCCAAUAUCUGUUGCAAUUGAAUUACAGACGACUGAGCCAGUACCAAAGGCUGUUCGCGCGACAUACCCUCUCAUUACAAAGAAGAAGCGGCCUUGGCGUGUAGAGCGCGUCCUAAAGCAAAUGAAGGCGCUUUUUGUAUCUGAGCAACAACAAGAGCAGCAACAACUAGAACGAAAACGGGAAUUAAGACGACAACGGAGGUCACUAGUCCAGAAACGACAACAAAACCGAGUAGAUAAAUGCCACCAGCAAAUAUUAUUAGAGCAACACCAACAGUCGAUACGACAUCAAACAACAGAAGCAACAGCAACUCUAAUGACCUUGACGGAAUGUACAAGCGAGGAGCAGCGUGCAUUAAAACGUAGCCUGGCUAUGAAGGUUAGGGACACUUUUCCCACAUCUAAGGGAACCUUACUAUUAGCGCAAGCGCUCGCCCAAGCGAACACAGAGGUCGGCGGCGGCCUAGAGCAUACUAUUGCUAUUGAGAUGGCGCCAGUUGACACUAUACCGCUUGGGAAUUCCAAGUCCAAAAAUACAUUUACGAUGUCAGGCUGCAAGACCACACAAGUAUGUACUGUGGAUCUCGACACGCCAAGUGGUGGUGUUAGUAGUGACAGCAAUGAUAAUGAGGAACAGGAGGGAGAUGAGGAGGGGGAGGAGAUGAAACAAUCGAACAUCCCUCCAUCCGAACGCAUCUUUAUUUUUGUGGACAACUCCAAUAUUCUUACAGGGUUUUAUCAUCAUCAACAAAGGAUCUCUGCCGCAACAGCGGCUCAAAAAGAGCGAGACAUACCCAUAGGUCAGCAUCAUGUACACAGUCCAACAAAUCAAAAGGACAGCGUCUCUACAACACCAGAGCGUUUACUGGAUAAUACCAGAGGCAACGUAGAACCGCCAGACCAUGUAGACACAGAUCCAGAGGAAGAAACAAUCCUUUAUCCACGCCAGCCAAAGCGUCAGAUUACUAUGGACAAGACUCAAUUGGCUGAAGCUACUUUGCAUUUAUGCGGUUCAAGCAUUACAAUGUCCGAUAAUGCUGCUGUUGGGCAAGCAACCUCGCCUGAACAGUCGUCACCAAUUAAAAAUUCUAAACAAGCUGAAUGCGUUUCGUCGUCAGGGGCUAGGAUGGUCAAAGGCAAAUUCCCUAAAUUCAACUACGACAAAUUUUUUCGUUUGCUGAAACGAAAUCGAUAUGCAGAGCGGCAAGUCUUGGUAGGGUCCUCUCCUUUAUUUCAGGAACUAGAUGUGGCCCUGAAACAUCAAUACGAAACCAUUAUCCUGCGACGUGUUCGCAAAUUUGUUCAAGGCGAACUGGGUGCCCUGCCAGUGCCUGUAAAACAACUACGGUAUCCCAGUAAUUACCAAGAAGGCAGUGGCAGCAACAAUAGCGCAAGCAGCCUUAAUGCUGAUGGCAAUAGUACUCAGUUGACAGGGCCUACUGAUGGUAGAACUGCAUGUACUACUAGCUAUAUCGCAACAUCAUCAUCAUCAACAACAACUACAGCUGCUACAGCUUUUAUUACUACAACUACUACAACUACCACGAAAACAACUGCUUCCACUACCAUUUUGGGGAAAGACGAUGCUGUUGGAAUUAAUCAUGGUCUAGCGACAGCAGCCAAAACAGAACAAUGCGUGGAUGAACUUUUGCAUCUCAAGAUGCUAGAAACAUUGCUAGACCAUGAGCCAGCCACCAUGGUAGUUGCUACUGGUGACGGAGGAGAUAGUGAGUUCGGAGGUGGCGGUUUCUAUGGCGUGAUCAAGCGGGCACUUGAUCGAGGGUGGCAAGUCGAGAUUAUAAGUUGGGAGGAGCAGCUGAGCGGCGUUUACCUAGAGCUUGCGCUCGAGUAUGGGUACAUGUGCAAUAGAAGUAGCACUAAAUCGGGUAGAAAGCAUGGAUGUGGUGAUAGCACGUCAUCAUCUAAUCGAUAUUGCUCAACACAGCCCAAGCUACAGCGGAUCCAUGGUAGAUGGCGGGGAUCCAAUGAGGAAGAGGAAGGAGAGAGAUAUCAUCAUCGGCGUGGCCAUUUGCGUGUUUGGUGCCUCGACUGGUAUGGGGAUCAAUUCUUGACAGACGGAGCAGAGUAAGGUAGUUAGUUUUUUAUUCUCCCUCGGAAGAUAGAACUACAUAUUCCACAUUUGUCCUCUAGACAGAAAAUAUACACAAUUUGAAAGCUGCAGCAA